GCUUCUUCCAUUCUCAGUGCUGUGAUCGAAAACUCAGCCUGUUCUGGUAAUGGUAGCAGUGUCUUCUGUUCCAAAUAUGAAAUACAUACAGGUUCUGAGAAAAAACAUGAGUGAUGCAGGCAAAGAACCUUUGGAAGACAUUCUGGAAGAAUACUCACAGAUAGGUAGAAAUUUGCAGAAGAAUAAGGAUGAAACCAAACUGAUGGAAGUGCAGUGGGAAAGAGAUAUACUUCAGGACACUAGACAAAAGGAAUCUCAGAGCCAAGAGAAUGUAAAAAUACAGCUAAAAAAUACUAUUAAAGAACUGGAAGCUGCCAACCAGCUGCAGGAGGAGAUGCUUAGGGAGUCUGACAGCCAAACUGAGCAUCUGAAAAAGAUGAUCCACAGCCAUGAGAAAGUACUUGUGGAACUGCAUGGCAUCCUAAUGGACUACAAAGACAGCACAGGCAAGAAACUCUAUGAGCAUGAGAAUAUUACUAGCCUACACAUCCUCAACCUGAGCACAGUAUUUGCUGACAUCCUGCAAGAUUUAGACUCAGAAGUGUCAUACCUCAAAGAAAAGCUUGUCCUGGUGGAAGAAGGACUUGAGUCAUUGAAAAAAGAUUCACAGACCCAAACCCAGCUUCUGCUUCAGCAAUAUCAAAAUAGCAUUGAGCAACUAAUAACUGAGCGUGAACAGGAGGUGGCAGCACUAACCGCUUAAGUUAUCAAGUUUCUAAUUUCUCCACCUAAAACUUUUCAUAGAGAACAAACAAGAAACCAAAAUUCAGUGCACGCACAUCAAGUUAGUCACCUGGAAUCUACAGUUUCACAGCUGCAUUCUGAGUUACAAGGAGCUAAGAGGAUGUACGAAGACAAGGUCAAAGAUCUUGAGAAGCAGCUGCACUUAGCUCAUUCUGAGAUAGCAGAAGCUCAGACAGGCCAGGAUCAAUGCAGCCAAGAAUCUGGAAAUCUCAGUGACCGGAUUCAUCAGUUGUUGACUCAACUUCACAAAAAAGAGAUAGAACUAAGUCUCAAAAAAGAGCAGAAUAAGCGAUUUUGGGACCGGAACACAGACAACAUCAUCACCAUUGACCAUCUAAGGAGAGAACUAGACAACAAAAACAUGCAAUUGCAGCGCAUGGAAAACACGGUGAAGGAAACAAGGACUGAGGGUUGCAGGCAAAUGGAGCACCAGAUGGCUGCAGUUAAGGAAAAAAAUGAAAGCAUUGGAAGAAUCUCCACUUUGACUGCCCAACUCAAGGCAACCAAGGAAAUGCUCCAUAAAGUUAAAGAAGAUCUUACAGCCAAACAGAUUGAUUUGGAGACUCUUGAGAAAACAGUGUCAAAUCUGAUGGCCUGCCUGCAAGAGAAAGACGGUGCCCUUGGAGUUACCAACAAGGAAAUCAAGAAGCUACAUUCACAGCUUGGCAGUGGGAUGCAGGAGCUCCAGCAUUUAAAGAAUGGAGAAGGCCAUUUUCACGAUGUACAGUCACAAUGUGAAACACUGAAACUGCAGGUGCUGGAGAAGGAAAGAAUUACUGAGACCUUCCAAAAGCAAAUUGAUAACCUGACCCAGAUUGUAGGACAGCACAGUCGAACUGCUGGAACAAUGGAAGUUGAGAAAUCUCAGCUUAUAAAGGAAAUGAAUGAUUGGAAAUUCAAAGUAGAACAACUUAAGGUUGCAAAGGAUGAGAAAGAAGUCAGACUACAUGAAAUGAAGGCCAGAUUGAGUGGACUGGAACUGGAAAAGGUUAAACUAGUUAACAUAUGCACUGAGAGGCUCCCUGCACUUAAUGAUAUGAAACUGGAAAAAGACCAGCUAAUGAAUGAGCUCCAAGCCAGUCGGAGUGAGCUAGCUGGCCUUGCAGAGGGAUUUGGAGAUUUGAAGAGGAAUUACCGGGACAAAAUCAAGGAGAUGGAAAAUACUGCAAACAGACUGAAAAUGCAGCUGAAAUCUGCCGAAGCUGAAGUGGAACAGACCAGGACUGCUCUAAAAACUAUGGAGGGAUAUGAUGGCAAUGCUAUGAAAGUUGCAGUGGGAAUGCAGAAGCAGAUCACAGCCAAGAGAGGACAGAUUGAUGCAUUACAGAGCAAGAUUAAAUUAUUGGAAGAAGCAAUGACACAGGCAGCUAAGGAGAAGCAUUGCCUCAGAGAAGAAAAUAUUAAACUAAGUCAAGAAUUGAGCUACAUUACAGCAGAAAAUACCAAGAUUACUGGAGAACUGGAGAUCCUGAGAUCACAAGGCAAACAUCUGAAAGAAAAAAUAUCUAAGAUGGAGAUAGCCCUUGAUAAGGCAUCCAUGCAAUUUGCAGAAUGUCAGUGCAUAAUCCAGCAUCAGGAACAAGAAGCGAUGCGCUUCAGACUGCAACAUACUUUAGAUGUAAAAGAGCUGCAGAGCCCAGGCUACUCAUCAGCUUCUGCUUCAAGCAAGCUGCAGCACAUAGUGCCUCUUUCCCAUCUGCACUCUGCUCUCCUGCCACCUUCUCUGAACUUGGCCAGCUGUACCACUCAUAUGCAUUCCAAGCUGGGCAUUUUGAAUGAAGAACCACUGCAGGAUCUGAAGAGGAUUCUUCAAGAAUUAAGAAGCUCAGACAACAACAUUCCCUCUGUCAAUCUUGGCAAGGAUGACAGCAGUGUUGCGAGAAAAUCACCACUAACAACCAUGAGGAAUACAGUAGAUGAUGCAAGUAGUGGGUGCUCUGCUGUCUUCAGCCUACAGUCAGAUCCUUGUAAGAGGGAGCCUUCAUACCUACAUACUGCAGGCCCUCAGUCCCAAGGCCUCACUCUGCCCUUCACAUUCCUUGGAGGUGCAUCCAUCUUCUCACCAGCUCCUUAUACAUCCUCCCCCAAGAAAGUCUUUUGUGAGGAGAGAUAUAGAGCAAAGUCUCCAGUACACUUGCUGUUAACUGCUCUACCUGAUGACCUUGCAGCUGGCACCAGUGCCUCACCAGAGCACAGACUCUCUGGAAGGAAGGUUGGCUCUCCAGAGUGUGCAGCCACAGGCUCCCAGAUAGAUGUGUCAUCAAUGAUCAGAACUGAGGAAACAAAGACAGAGAAGGCAAAGGAAGAGGAGAAGCUAUCAAAGUGAAGAUGCCGUAUAUAUUAGUGAUUGCUUUCACAUAUGUACGUUGUGUUUAAAAUAUGGUAUAUUUUUAAGA